AUCCACGCGGCGGGUGAGUUGGGGAGGAAGAGAGAUCGUUCCACGACCACGAGUGACUACACACUAAAAUUCCAGAGAAAAAGAGAGAAAAAAGAACCCCUCAAUUUAGGUUUUUCUUCCUCCUCCUCCUCCAUCGCCAUUCCCAUCUUCUCUCUCUCUCUCUCUCUCUCUGCUGGUUGCCUCAGACACUGCAACGCCGCAAUUCCUCAUCGCCGUCGCCAGGCUUCGCAUUCCAUCUCUCAUUUCUGCCUUCUAUCUAAGGAGUAUUAAAUGUGCAAGUGACUGCGUAGCACUGAGGAUUUCCACCUUGACCAGUUAUUGAUCUUUUAACAUGGUCAUUGCGGUCUUUGUUUGAGCAUUAAUUAUCACAUUAUAUCGUCCGUUUAAGUAGGGGCCGAUGAGCACGUAUAGUUGCUCAAAACAAUACAGUAGAAGGAGUAAAAAGCAGACCCCGAGCAACUCUAAUGAUGAAAGUGCUGCUCGGACUAGGCCUCUCAGCUUUGAAGAUAUUAUGCUUAGAAGGAAGAAUAAAGGGUCAGCUGCUACUGUUGAGGUGGGUGCCACUGGUAGCCACUCAAGAAGGGAAAGCAUAGAUAAGCACAGUAUUGAUAAUCGUGCAUCUGAAAGGCAUGUUCGUCACAGUAAAGGAUCUUCUCUUGAUGUGCAAAAUCUCUCAUUUGAGGAAUCAGCCAAAGAUAGUUCAAGAAGGAAAAAAGAGGAGACAUUGUUGAAGGACAAUAUGGUGGUUAGGAGUGAUAGAAAUAAUUAUGAAUCUGGAUUGUCACUGAUGAGUAAACUUAAAUAUGACAAGAAUGGAAAGGAUAAAAGACAGAAAUAUGGCCAGGAAAAUCUUGGUUGGGAAAAAAUUGACCAGAGUUCUAGAAUUGAUAUUGAUACUGAAACUGGAAAGAGGCAUUCAAGAGAUACAGCUGGCAAGGAUAGACGUGAAGAUCAUGAUAGGGGGAAAUUUGAAAGAGAAAGUAAGAGAAAAUCUCAAAAUGGUGAUGAUGACAGGAACAGAGACAAGUACAAUGCAAAGAGACAUGACCAUGGUAAACAUCAUGACCUAGAAAAUAGAGAAAGAAAGGAAGCUAAAGUAUCAUUAACUUCACAUUAUGAAGAUUCUAGAUUGAAAAGAAGACGGAAAAGAAGCCCAGAUCGUGAAAGUAGACAUAGAAGAUCUGUUUCACUUUCUCCAAGGCCGCACAAGCACUCAACUAAGUUAACUAGGCAGAAGGAGUUGCCAUUAGAGUCUCAUGUAAAGAAGUCUGGAAGAUGGCGUUCUGAUAGUGAUAGAACAGGGGAUUUUAGCAACACUUCCAAUAGCCAAUACCGGCGACAUUCUGGGUCAACAAGUGGGCUUGGUGGCUAUUCACCUAGAAAGAGAAGAACUGAAUCUGCUGUCAAGACUCCUUCACCUGUUCAAUCACCAGAGAAGAAAAAUGAAGUGUUGGAUCUUCCUCCAACGGAAAAGGUUGGAUUAUUUUCUGGCUCGGUUACUUCCAACUUCCAGCCACCAAAUCCUACUGUUUCCUUGGGCAUUAGUAAUGAUCAAUCUGGUGGUACACUCUUUUCUUCUGCUAUGGGGAAAUCUUUAUCAGGGGUUUCUUCAAAUAAUAUAGCAAUGAAGACAAAGGUUUCUCUUGAUUUGAUUCAGCUGACCCAAGCUACUCGGCCAAUGAGGAGGCUUUAUAUUGAAAACUUACCACAUUCUGCAUCUGAGAAAGCAAUCAUUGAUUGCCUGAAUGGUUUUCUUACAUCUUCAGGCGUUAAUCACAUCGAAGGAACCCAACCAUGUAUUAGUUGUAUUAUACACAAAGAUAGGGGGCAAGCUCUUGUCGAAUUUCUUACACCUGAGGAUGCUUCAGCAGCUCUUUCAUUUGAUGGAAGUGACUUCUCUGGCUCCAUUCUAAAGAUUCGGCGACCAAAAGAUUAUAUCGAAAUUGUAACUGGUGACCUGGACAAGUCGGUGCAGGUAGUAAAUAAAAUCAGUGAUGUUGUCGAGGACUCACCAAAUAAGAUUAUUGUUGCUGGGAUCUCAAAUAGAAUAUCACCCAAAAUGCUUAGGGAUAUUGUUACUGCAUUUGGACGUUUGAAGGCCUAUCACUUUGAGAUGAACGAUGAUCUUAAUGAACCUUGUGCCUUUUUGGAGUACGUCGACGAAUCAGUUGUGUCCAAAGCUUGUGCUGGUCUGAAUGGUAUGAAGAUUGGAGGGGAAAUACUAAAAGUGUUUCCGGCAGUUCGUUUUGCAUCAACGGAACAUCAUGGAUGUCAACCAUGUUAUGGGAUCCCAGAGCAUGUAAAACCUCUUCUUCAACAGUCAUCAGUAGUGUUAAAAGUUAAUAAUGUGUUUAAUGCAGAUGUCCUCCCAGUACUCUCUGAGUCGGACAUUGACGAAGUUCUUGAAGAUAUUCGGUUUGAAUGUGCUAGGUUUGGGACAGUUAAAUCCUUGAAUUUUGUAAAGCCAUGCAAUGGAUGUAUCAGUGCUGAAGAAGAAUACAAGAAAAUUAGUGAUGUCACUGACGUGGAGGUCAAACAUGAGAUUCAGGAAAACAGCACAAUGGUGAUUUCAAGAAAUAGUAAUGAUCUUGAAGAUAACAACCCUAACCUUGAUAAUUGCCCCAAUGAUACCAAUCAGAAGCAGGGUAAUAGACAUCAAGACGAAGGUGUGGAGGGCAAAUUCUGUCAAAUGGGUAACGAUAAUGCUUCAUGUUUUGAAGUAGGUUGUGAGAAUGCUUCAGAAAGAAUCCCUCAAGAAAUCUCUGAACAGCGACGCAGCCCAGAAAUUGAACUUCAGAAUGCAAAAGCUGAAAUAAUUGAAACUGAUGAAACUGGCUCGGAUAAGAAAUUGGUGUGUCCAGAUGAUUCAUCUAUGGUGGUGGCUGAUAAUGAGAAGAAAGCUCUAAAUGGAUUGGACCCCAUGGUGAGAACAGGUUCGGGUGCAUUUGAGAAAAGCGAAAAGAAGGAUCCUGGUAAUAAUGUGGAGAGUUUAUUUGUGUUGGGGAGUGUCUUUGUUGAGUUUGGUAGAAUGGAAGCCGCGUGUAUGGCUGCACAUUCUUUACAUGGUAGGAUUUAUGAUGGACAAGAGAUUAGCAUUGAGUACAUUCCCCAUGAUCUCUACCGGAAGAGGUUUCCUAAAUGACUACAUUUGAAUACUGAAUGUGGUGAUUAACUGGUCGCUGAGGUCGUUUCACAUGAAAGCUCCACUUAUUAGCAAAUUUCAUUACUGAAGGUAUUUGUUAAUGGCUCAUUUUAGGCAAGCCUCGAUAUUUUUUUAAUCAUUUGGCUCGAAAUCUGAAGCAUGCUAUAUGGUGAAACAAGUCAUUUCUCAAGCACCAUAUGGAUAAUUUGCUGAAAUCAAAGCCUGGGAGAGUAUAACCUCCCCCACUUGAAAGCCUUUUAACCUGCCCCUCCCUGUGUUUCUGAUAGAUUUUCUUUAUAUGCUCAACAGGUCCAAGGAUCUGGGUUAUGGACAUGAAAGAUUUACGGGUGAAGAUAUGGUCAUCUUUAAACAUUACUUCCAUAUCUAUUACCCGUUUAUUUCUUUCAGCGGGAGCUCUCGAUAAUCUCAUGUCUAAUCUUUGCUGUAGAUGAUCUCUCAUUCACAGUUGAAUUAGUUACUUUAAUACAAGAGAUCAUCGUUCUUCAUCAUUGUUUUGUUUACCUUACAAUAGUAUUUAGAAAUAUAGUACAUAAUGGGAGUUGGCCAAUCCAUAAAGUUCAUAUGGAGAUGCGUACAUAACAGUAAUGUGCUAGUGGUCAGAUUGCCUUAAAUGAUAAACAUUUUUAGUAGUUAAAGUUCUGGUAAUAAUCUUCUUUUUGCAUGUUUUUCAGC